ACGUAGCUGGCUAAUAUUGGUAAUAGUUCUUACAGUUUUUUUGUCCCACCUGGAUGUGCACAUCCUGUAGUAACAUUAUUGUGUGGUAUAUUUAUAUAAGUUUACUUAAAACAGGGUUAAUUUCAGUAAAAAGAUAUAUUUGGCAGUGGCAUUUUCGGUUAUAAUUGGUUUGACAACAUACUAUACAUUAGAUAAUUGGCCAACUCAACAAAAACGUCAACGAGAAGGAAAUCUAACCGCAUGUCCAGAGGAACCAGUGGCCAUACAUGUAACACCUCCGUCUGCUUUAGACCUGGUGGAAAAUAUGACAGCCACGCUAGUUCAAAUGUUGAAUGAGACAACUGACAUGUCAUCGCACACUGUCACUGCCAAUUGUGACGACAUCUGGAUCGCUUGUCGGCCAGAGACCUGCUUCCGACCACUGAGCCAAAAUCCUAAAGAAAGAAUAUGGGACAUCUUAUCACCAAAGUUGACAUUAACAGAACAGAAUCGUCAACAAAUAGUGGAGCUCUCCUCUACCAUACCAGUCAGUGAUGUGAUCUUUGUGACAGCCACGUCCGAUAACCACUAUGACGAGACACAAUAUUCAGUUCACAAUCUACACGCAGUUGUCUACCCUAAAGUUAAAAAUAUGACUUUUGUUAUCUUUGAUAUUGGACUCACUCCGGAACAAAGAGAAAAGACGAUAAAUGCGUGCAGGUGUCACGUGAUCGUGUUUCCAUUUGAAAAGUUUCCAAGUUUCUUUAAAGAGCGAGGAUGUUACACCUGGAAACCACUCAUAGUCAUGGCUUCCAUGAUGAAGUCGAACAAGUUUGUUGUCUACCAAGAUGCCUCACUAUCUUGGAAAGAUACAGUCCUUGAGUUACUCGACAGGGGAGAUAAACUAGGCUUACAACUAUGGGGAGUUAAUGGAAUGCACAAUAUCCCUGUAGCAACUUUGAAAGGUAUGUUUGACUACAUGGGAGACAUGCCUUGUGCUUAUCUAAACUACACGCAAAUACAAAGUGGAAUUAUUGUAUUUAAACAGACACCGUUUAUAGUGAGAGCUGUGCUGGAACCGUGGGCCAAGUGUGGCUUUGAGAAAGAUUGUUUCUGUCCGCUUACCAAGGAGAACAGCGUGGACUGCUUUACCCCAAAGAAAGAAAUUCAUAUGUGUCACAGGUUUGACCAAUCGGCACUAUCUAUGAUUGUCACCAAGCUUUUUGUCAAUGAACGCUACAGAUACCAUAUGCCAGGUAUAGAUAAAGAUAGGUAUAUUGCUAUCAACAGAGGACAAAGAGAUCCUACUUACUUUGAUGAGGUCUUGAAAACUGUAUAAUACUUUGAGCUGUGUUAUAUUUGUAUUUAUUAAUAUUUAUUUUAUUUAUAUUUAUAUUUAUUUAUCUUAAAACUAUA